CCAGCGCCGGAAAGGAACAGAAUGCAGCAGAAAGUGAGCGAAGGUGGAAAAGGGGAGCAGGCAAGCUGCAGCCUUAUCUUUGAGGAGCGCUUGGGAGGGAAGGGCUCCGGAGUCUGUUAGCAGGAACGGAGAAGCCGGCCCUGAGGUACAGAAGACAGUCAUGGCCAGUGAAACCAAACCACCUGCUGAGACUUUCCACUAGGGCUGUCUUGCAGGUGGGGUUAGGAGCUCAGGUCUCAGCCUGGUAACCGUCACAUCUAAAGGUGGGUGGGAGGUGAAGGCAAGGCUUGAAGGUGAGGAAAAACAGCAGGAAAUGGAGUGUUUGUGGCCUAAAAGUUAAUCAGGAUACCCUGUGACUUAGUGGAAAGACAGGAUCAGGAGUCCUUAAGGCCUGAUUUAACAUUCUGACCUUGCUCAUUAUCUAUGUGAGUUUGGGCAGGAUGCGUAACCUUUCUGAGACUCAUUUUAUCUAUAGAAUGGGAGAAACAAUACCUACUUUGGAAAGGGUGGUCAUGAGGGCAGAGUGAAGGCAAGUUGCAGAGUGUGAAGCACAGAACAAAUGUGAGGGGUACCUGCCUAUUGAUUUACAUCCACAUAAAUAGACGCAGGGUCUAACAGGAAGAGGUGGGUCACACAUCUUCCUGCCUGUCAGCUGAAGCAAAGCCUUCCCUGCCCACCCCAUGCUAAUUAACUGGCUUGCCCCCUAUCUCCAGCAUCUCCAAGGCCACAGCUUUUCUUUUUUUUUUUUUUUUUCUGGUGGAAAGGAGCUGGGAAAUGUGGCUUUGGCCAGCGCGGGAGAAGGGGCCUUUAUGUAUACCAGCAAAGACCCAAUUGUUACUGAAUCCAAACUGGGCUGCUUUUCCCAAUUAUCUCCACAACUCUUCUGGUCUCUACUUUUCUGAUGCCAAGUUUUAACCCAGAACAAAAGCUCCCAUCGGGACUGAUUUAUAAUCCAGAUCUGCUGACAGGGCCCUAAAGUGUCCCUCCCCUCCAGAACUGCACCGGGCUUAAAGUCACCACCGCAGCCUCAGGGCCUCCAGUCUCUUCACCUCUGCCCUUUGCCCCUAGCCAAGAGGUGGCAUCUGUCUCCGGGUCCCGGUGGGCUGGCCUCCCUGGGGUUCCUCUGUCCACCUGCCCAGCUCCGAGAAACCGGCUGGCAAGGAGGACACCCCAGCACCGCCCAGGAGGCCGGGGCUACAAGUUACUUCUAGGAGCGGCUGUGGGCGGAGGCUGGCGGUUCUGAAGAUGCCAGUUCUCCUCCAGCGUGGCUCCCCUCAGAACCCUUUCAUCUGAACAUCAGGGCUCCUGUCACUUGUUAUUCAGCCUUCCAGCGGCACCAGAAGGAGUCAUUUCCUGAGGGUAGGCUCUGUGCAAUCUGAGUCGAGGGUUGUCUUCGCUGGGAGCUGGCCGGGGGGCGCUGAUCAGGUCCCUCCGCCUGGAGCGUGAGAAACAAGGGGCAGAAGGUCUCGGGGAGACUUGGGGGGUCUUCCUGGCUGGUGAGGCCCGUUCCAGUCUGAUCGCAGGGGUCAGUACGAGUUGGGGCCAAGAAACGAAGAAGAAUUGGGGGCCAACAGACAGACCACUCUGAUCCGCCCCGAAAAGAAGCCUCGGAUACUCGCCCUGAGGUGGCCUGCACGCCUUCGUUCCAGUAACCUCAGCGUGGGGAUCCCCUUAGCCCCAUUCCCGAGCCCGGACGCCCAGCCUGCGCGGUUGGCCUUGGGGGACACUUCGGAAAGACCGGCAGGGCAGCUGGCCUGGAGCUUAGCGCCAGGGCGUGUGCCAUGGCCCCGCACUGGGCCGUCUGGCUGCUGGCAGUGGGACUGUGGGGCCUGGGCAUUGGGGCCGAGGUGUGGUGGAACCUGGUGCCCCGGAAGACGGUAUCUUCUGGGGAGCUGGCCACAGUGGUGCGGCGCUUCUCCCAGACGGGCAUCCAGGACUUUCUGACGCUGACCUUGACCGAGCAGACCGGGCUCCUGUACGUAGGGGCCCGGGAGGCCCUGUUUGCCUUCAGCGUGGAGGCUCUGGAGCUGCAGGGAGUGAUCUCAUGGGAGGCGCCAGCUGAGAAGAAGGCCGAGUGUACCCAGAAAGGGAAGAGUAACCAGACGGAGUGUUUCAACUUCAUCCGCUUCCUGCAGCCGUAUAACGCAUCCCACCUGUACGUCUGCGGUACCUACGCCUUCCAGCCCAAGUGCACCUACAUUGACAUGCUCACCUUCACCCUAGAGCGUGGCGAGUUCGAAGAUGGCAAGGGGAAGUGUCCCUAUGACCCAGUUAAGGGCCACACCGGCCUCCUUGUGGACGGGGAGCUGUACUCGGCCACGCUCAACAACUUCCUGGGCACGGAGCCUGUCAUCCUGCGGAACAUGGGGCCGCACCACGCCAUGAAGACGGAGUACCUGGCCUUCUGGCUCAACGAACCGCAUUUCGUGGGCUCCGCCUACAUCCCGGAGAGCGUGGGCAGCUUCACGGGGGACGACGACAAGGUGUACUUCUUCUUCAGCGAGCGCGCCGUGGAAUACGACUGCUACGCCGAGCAGGUGGUGGCCCGCGUGGCCCGAGUCUGCAAGGGCGACGUGGGGGGCGCGCGGACGCUGCAGAGGAAGUGGACCACGUUCCUGAAGGCGCGGCUGGUGUGCUCCGCGCCCGACUGGCAGCUCUACUUCAACCAGCUGCAGGCGCUGCAUACCCUGCAGGACGCCUCCUGGCACAACACCACCUUCUUCGGGGUUUUUCGGGCACGGUGGGGAGACAUGGACCUGUCAGCAGUCUGUGAGUACCAGUUGGAAGAGAUCCAGAGGGUGUUCGAGGGGCCCUACAAGGAGUACCAUGAGCAAGCCCAAAAGUGGGGCCGCUACACCGACCCGGUGCCCAGCCCGCGGCCCGGCUCGUGCAUCAACAACUGGCACCGACGCCACGGCUAUACCAGUUCCCUGGAGCUGCCAGACAACACCCUCAACUUCAUCAAGAAGCACCCGCUGAUGGAGGAGCAGGUGGGGCCUCGGUGGGGCCGGCCCCUGCUGGUGAAGAAAGACGCCAACUUCACCCACCUGGUGGCCGACCGGGUCACGGGGCUUGACGGAGCCACCUAUACAGUGCUGUUCAUCGGCACAGGAGAUGGCUGGCUGCUCAAGGCCGUGAGCCUGGGGCCCUGGGUCCACCUGAUUGAGGAGCUGCAGGUGUUUGACCAGGAGCCGGUGGAAAGCCUGGUCCUGUCCCGGAGCAAGAAGCUGCUCUUUGCGGGCUCCCGCUCCCAGCUGGUCCAGCUGCCCCUGGCCGACUGUGUGAAGUACCGCUCCUGCGCUGACUGCGUGCUUGCUCGGGACCCCUACUGCGCCUGGAGCGUCAACACCAGCCGCUGCAUGGCCGUGGGCGGCCACUCCGGAUCCCUGCUGAUCCAGCACGUGACAGUCUCAGACACUUCAAGCAUUUGUAACUUCCGGGGCAGUAAGAAAGUCAGGCUCACGCCCAAAAACAUCACGGUGGUGGCAGGCACAGACCUGGUGCUGCCCUGCCGCCUCUCCUCCAACCUCGCCCACGCCCGCUGGACCUUCGGGGGCCGGGAGCUGCCUGCAGAGCAGCCCGGCUCCUUCCUCUACGACGCCCGGCUGCAGGCCCUGGUGGUGAUGGCCGCCCAGCCCCGCCACGCCGGGGCCUACCACUGCUUCUCGGAGGAGCAGGGGGCCCGGCUGGCUGCCGAAGGCUACCUGGUGGCAGUGGUGGCGGGCCCGUCGGUGACCCUGGAGGCCCGGGCCCCCCUGGAGAGCCUGGGGCUGGUGUGGCUGGCCGUGGUGGCCCUGGGGGCCGUGUGCCUGGUGCUGCUGCUGCUGGUUCUGUCCCUGCGCCGGCGGCUGCGGGAGGAGCUGGAGAAGGGCGCCAAGGCAGCCGAGAGGACCCUGGUGUACCCUCUGGAGCUGCCCAAGGAGCCCACCAGUCCCCCCUUCCGGCCCGGCCCCGAGACGGACGAGAAACUCUGGGACCCCGUGGGCUACUACUACUCGGACGGCUCCCUCAAGAUCGUUCCUGGACACGCCCGGUGCCAGCCCGGCGGCGGGCCCCCCUCGCCGCCUCCUGGCAUCCCCGGCCAGCCCCUGCCUUCUCCAACUCGGCUCCACCUGGGGGGUGGGCGGAACUCCAAUGCCAACGGAUACGUGCGCUUACAGCUGGGAGGGGAGGACCGGGGCAGCCUUGGGCACCCGCUGCCCGAGCUCGCCGACGAGCUGAGACGCAAGCUGCAGCAGCGCCAGCAGCUGCCGGACUCCAACCCCGAGGAGUCCUCGGUGUGAGGGGACCCCUCCGGCGGGGCGGCGUGGGAGGCGCGGCUCCUACUUUUGCACAGGCACCAGCUACCUCAGGGACAUGGCACGGGCACCCGCUCUGCCCCGGACGGACCCUGCCCGGCACCGCCCGGCCAUGAGGACCUGCUUUGUCAGCACUGGCACUGCCACUUGGUGUGGCUCACCGGGGCACCAGCCUCACCACAGAGGGCACCUUCCUCCUCUGUGAGGGGCUGUGAAUCACAGAUGCACGGGACCCCAGCAGCCAAAACCUUUCAAGGCGGAAGUUGGAGAUGUGGGUGUGUUUGUGUAUAUACAUGUGUGUCUGUGGACGUGUGCACGUACGUGUGUGUGGGUGUGUGACAUAGUCUUCCUGUUUCUGUCGAGUCUUCCCUUGGCCUGGGGUCCUCCUGGUGGGUCACUGGAGCUCUGAAGGGGAAGGGGUUGUAUCACUUUGCCUCUCCUACCCCGCCUGUCCCCAGUGGGGGGCAGCCAUGUACAUAUGGGGGUGGGCUGGGCAGGGUGCUGUGCCCCUCUGCGG